UGCCUCCCGAACUACGCCCUCCUCCCUCAGACUUUUUACCUCAGAAGGACGACGCCAUGUUCCCCAACCAGAUCUACCAACUCUACCCAGAGAGACAUGGACAACCACUUCCACACACCCUGGUGAGGAAGAACUCAGUACCCGAGCUGAGUAGCCUCUAUCUCAGGCAAAUAAUGGCAGCCAGGGCCUCUUCUGUGGUUCCUCCGCCUUCAUCCCAACAGAAUUACUACCAGAAGGUGCUCCCACCAGCCCCGGCUAUGACUACUACCAGGAGCUUAUCUCCUCGUCAUCUUGAAGACGGCUCCUCCUUAUAUAGGGCCGGCCAGCAGCAGCAUCACCUGCUUAACGGAUCAGCGUCGCCUUAUGGGAUGUCCGGGCUCACUGGUGGACGAGGGGGGUUUAGAGCUGGUGUUUCUACUGCGUCUGCCUGGGAUCAAGGACACGCCAGGUUCGCCCCUCCCCUCCCAGCUCCUACUCCUGCCCGAGGCCCUCCCCCUCCUCCUCCUCCCUCUCCCGCUCACAACGAGCUCAGCCGGUCGUACCGGGAAGCCAAGAUGAUCCCAGACUUCCAGCACAACACUGGUGUCUGCAGGGCUCCAUCUCCUGCCUGCUACGGGGUCCAGCCCCCGCUUCCUGUUUACGCUGCGGCCCAGCCUCAGCCUCUCCCCUCUCUCUCCGCUUAUCACCCUCCCCUCUACAGUGCCAUCUACAGCCUCCCGUUGGACCCCCAGGUUGGUGUUGGACAGGCUGCCGCCGCCACCAGUCUCAUGGUGGACCCUGCUACCCAGCAGCACGGACACAUGGACGGUUCCCUCCAGCGCUACGGUGCUGUGGCAUCCCAGAGGCUUCCCUACGACCCGGGAUACGACCCCGGCUCUGCCAUGGUCCAACAACAACACCACCCUAGUGCGGCGAUGAAUAUGGAUCCCAAGAGGAUGGUGGACCCAGGGUUCCUGGCGUUCCUCAGAGCCGAGGGUCUGGCGGACAGCACCAUCAGCUUACUACUCCAGCAGGGCUUUGACUCCACCUCUAUGCUGGGGGUCAUGGAGGAUCAUGACGUCCGUUCUAUAGCCACUAAUCUGGGCCAGGCCCGAGCGCUGUCCAGCGUGGUGCUCCACUGUAAGCAGCAGCCUGGCGAGUCGGCCUUAGCCGCUCAGCAGCGCAUUAGAGGCCGCGCCAACAGCUUCGGACACACCAACAACCUCUACAUGCAAGGGAUGCAGAACAUGACCCAGGGGAUGAGCAGCAUGGCCAUGGACCCCCACACAAUGCAUCAGCAGCCCCCUACCUCCGUCCAGACCUUCAACCCCAGGAUGGGAGAGUUCCUGGGCAGGAGACCCAACAGCGCCCCAUCUCAACACCUCCUGGAGACCACCACGUACGGAGCACCCCGAGGGACAUUCCCCGUCAGCGCCGCGGGAUACAGUAACGCCGUCGCCCAGGCAAGACCGCUAUCCAUGUACAACGCCCACACCGGCAUAGCCAUGUCCGCCCUGCAGCACCAGCAGCCUACUGCCCCCAACACCCCUGGAGGAAUGGCCCCCAAAACCUUCUCUGGUUCUUACUCCCCCAUGGAGCUCAUGAAGAGAGCCCCCAACAUGCCCCCCAUGUCACCUGGGGUGGUUCAGAGCCCCCUGCACAGCCCCCAGCUGCUGAGGAAGGGGGUGGCUGAUGCAGGGGAGAGCGGUGUGGUCGUUGGAGCGUCGUCCUCCUCCCACCAGAUACAGACCCUUAACAACAACAGGACGGCAGGACGGAGAACGGGACCACCUGUCAUUGUUUCUACCAUGGCUGCCUCGUCUGAUACAAGUAUCCGGCCCCAGAUCAUGAACGGGCCGAUGCACCCUCGCCCCUUAGUGGCCCUGCUGGACGGGCGUGACUGCACCGUGGAGAUGCCCAUUCUAAAAGACCUGGCCACCGUCGCCUUCUGUGACGCGCAGUCCACCCAGGAGAUACACGAGAAGGUGUUGAACGAGGCGGUAGGGGCCAUGAUGUACCACACCAUCACUCUGACCAGAGAGGACCUAGAGAAGUUCAAGGCUCUACGCAUCAUCAUCCGCAUCGGCAGCGGCUACGACAACAUCGACAUCAAGGCAGCCGGAGAGCUGGGCGUAGCAGUGUGUAACAUCCCGUCGGCUUGCGUGGAGGAGACAGCGGACUCCACCUUGUGUCACAUCCUCAACCUGUACCGACGAAACACCUGGUUGUACCAGGCUCUCCGGGAAGGCACGCGGGUCCAGAGCGUGGAGCAGAUCAGAGAGGUGGCUUCUGGAGCGGCACGCAUCCGUGGGGAGACACUGGGCCUUAUAGGCUUCGGGCGUUCGGGUCAGGCGGUGGCUGUGCGAGCCAAGGUGUUUGGCUUCAACGUGAUCUUCUACGACCCCUACCUGCAGGACGGCUUGGAGCGUUCCCUGGGUGUCCAGCGGGUCUACACCCUACAAGACCUGCUCUACCAGUCAGACUGCGUGUCUCUGCACUGCAACUUGAAUGAACACAACCACCAUCUCAUCAACGACUUCACCAUCAAACAGAUGCGCCAGGGAGCGUUCCUGGUGAAUGCAGCGCGGGGAGGGCUGGUGGAUGAGAAGGCCCUGGCUCAGGCCCUGAAGGAGGGGAGGAUACGUGGCGCUGCCCUGGACGUGCACGAGACAGAGCCCUUCAGUUUUGCUACAGGCCCUCUGAAGGAUGCUCCCAACCUGAUCUGUACACCACACACAGCCUGGUACAGUGAACAGGCUUCUCUGGAGAUGAGAGAGGCAGCUGCCACCGAGAUACGAAGAGGCAUCAGUGGCCGCAUCCCUGACAGCCUAAGAAACUGUGUGAAUAAGGAGUUCUUUGUGACCACAGGACCAUGGGCAGUAAUGGACCAGCAAGGUGUCCACCCAGAGCUCAAUGGCACCGCCUACAGCCAAGCCAACCAAACUCUCCACGCCCUAACGACCGGGGUUCCUCAAGACAAAAUGUAGUACCUAUUGGCACUCAGGUAAAUACUGUGUGAUG